UACACACGUCGGUUCGACGGACAGUUCGUGCGCAGCUGCCAAAAUUGCCAAAUCAUCAUCCGCACCGUUUCCUUUCCCCCACCUCCGCCGCUCCCGUCCCCUCCCCUCCGCGACCGAAACAAUGGCCGUCAUCCCUUCCAUCUGACGCCCCAAUCCAUGAGAACCCCCGCGCCACAAUCCGAUCUUGCCGCCCCAGGAUGUCCCUGCCCGACGUCGUGUACAGCUGUGGAUCCUGUGGAUAUGCUCUAAAUCUUUCAUCUUCUAACAGAAGCACAUCUGACGUUGACGAGAUAUCUUGUUUUCCUUUCCUUACCUGGCGUAGCUACCGGCCGAAAACUAAGCUUCUGUGCCGAAAAUGUGGAUCAUCUAUUGGCUAUGGAUACGACGGUACUCAAUAAUUGGUCAAGUGUAGUCAGAAUAUGGAAAAGGAGAUGAUGGAUGACAGCAUAGAAGGCUGUAUCAGUUGCCUUUCUGAUGAUUGCCUGCUUUCUAUAUUUAACAAGCUUGAAAGUGAAUCGGACAGGAAUGCUUUUGGGUUAACUUGUAAGAAUUGGUUCAAGGUUCGAAACAUUGCUCGAAAAUCGCUAAUAUUUCAUUUCUCGUUUAAUGCUAAAGCAUACAAGGAGCAUGCCCAGUGCCUUCCAGAGAUGUUGGCUCGUUCUCCAUAUCUUCAGUUGAUAUCCCUUGCGGGGCUUAAUGAGCUAUCUGAUUCAGCUCUGUACGAAGUGGGAGUUUCUGGAACAUCUUUGCAGUCCUUCUCAUUGUACUCCUGUUCUGGUAUAACAGAUGAUGGUCUAGCACAAGUGUCAAUCGGAUGUCCUAAUUUGGUUAUAGUGGAACUUUACCGCUGCUUAAAUAUCACAGAUCUUGGUUUGGAAAGUCUUUCCCAGGGCUGUCAUUCUUUGAAGAGUCUUAACCUUGGUUACUGCACAGCCAUUUCAGAUCGAGGGAUUAGUUCAAUCUUUAGGAAUUGCCGGAACAUUUGUGCACUCAUCAUAUCAUAUUGCAGAGGUGUAUCUGGUGUUGGAUUUAGAGGUUGCCCAAGUACACUUUCUUACCUAGAAGCCGAGUCCUGCAUGCUUUCUUCAGAGGGAAUGCUAGACAUAUCGAGUGGUGGUGGACUCCAGUACAUAAAUUUGUAUAAUCUAAGGAGUUCAGCUGGGCUGGAUUGCCUAGGUGGAGUUGGCAGUAUGAAGAAACUCCGAGUUCUGAAUCUGAGGAUGUGCCGCUAUCUUACUGAUGAUUCUGUGGUGGCAAUAGCUAGUGGGUGUCCGUUGAUCGAGGAGUGGAGCCUUGCUGUCUGUCAUGGCGUCCGCUUACCUGGUUGGUCGGCGAUUGGAUUGAACUGCAACAAGCUAAGAAUUCUUCAUGUGAACCGUUGCCGAAACAUAUGUGACCAAGGAUUGCAUGCUCUCAAGGAUGGAUGUGUGCGCCUUGAGGUCCUGCAUAUACAUGGUUGUGGCAAGAUUACAAAUAAUGGCCUGGCACUAUUUAGCAUUGCUAGGCCCAGUGUGAAGCAAAUGGUGGACGAAGCCAUGUCCAUUGGCCCCUCAAUCGAGGAUUUAUUCCGGUUGCAGUGACCGGGAACUUGGAAAUUUUAGUUAGAAUUUCAAAGUUUUGACUUGAACAAGGUGCCAGCCCUUGUUGCCACCGUUGUGUUUGUCAUUACAGCAAGUGAUUGGUUCUUUGCCGUCACUGUGUGCAUUCUAUUUGUUCCGGUUCAUACUUAUUUGGUUGAUGAUGUAAAGGAUGUUGCCGAUAGAACCAUAACUAUACAAAUGAACUGUAAGAAGUCAGUUUGGUGCUAUCGUUA